AUGACGUCCAACCGAGCUGACCCCAAUGAAGUUGAGAGUAAUGCUCAGGCCUUUGUUCAUAGAGUAGCAUCGAGUGGUACAAGGCCUGUAUCUGAGGGCUGGGAAGGAGAGGCUAAGGAAGCCUUCUUCCACAUGAUGAGCGAAUGGUGUGGUUCCCUUGAACAUUAUAUUAGAGAUUGCCUAGAGAAAUCCGAGAAAGAAAAAGUUCAGACUAUAAGGUUGAGUAGCACUGUUGCGAGAGGCAGACCACCUCGUAAUCCUGGAAAUAUAAGUAGUAAUCAUGGUGUAACAAAAGAUUCUGCUGUGAGAUCUGAAGCACGAGCACCAACUAAGGCUUACGCUAUCCAUGAACGGAAGAAAGCUUCUGUGCUAGAUGUUAUUACUGGCACUUUCUCUAUCUUUGAUAUUGAUGUUACUGUUUUGAUUGAUCCGAGAUCAACCCAUUUGUAUGUAUGCACGAAUUUAGUAUCAAAUAAGAAUUUACCUAUUAAGUCCACUGAAUUCGUGGUUAAUGUGUUGAACCCCCUACAUCAAUAUGUGUUUGUUGAUAAGGUUUGCAAGAACUGUCCGUUGAUUCAGGGUUACAGUUUUCCAGAUGAUUUGAUUCUCUUGCCAUUUGGUAAGUUUGAUGUGAUUUUGAGCAUGGAUUGGUUGAAUCUAGACGAUGUUACUAUGAACUGUGAAUGA